AUGGCCGAGAGUAGUAUGAGUUUCGAAGAUGAGGAGACAGUUGACCCUUGUUGUACGGGUUGUGGCUUAAUCAUUGAAGAGGGAAAUGUGGUAGCCUUCGGUGAAGGCAUAUGGCACGGAAUAUAUUGUAUGACAUGUCAUAACGAUAGAGUGGCUAAAGCUAAACGAGCAAAGGAGAAGGAAAAAGAAAAUAAUUUACUUAUACCGCAAACUUCAUUGGAAAAAUCACUUCCAUCAUUACCCAAAGAACAACAAAAGCGUAAUAAUCUUCAAUUACCAAAUCGUAGCAUAAAUGCGAAAAGAUCUUUUGAGAAACCUACCAAUCCAUCAAAAAUCACCCCAAGGAUUUCUGCCGAGAAUAUUCCAAAAGCACAUACACUUCCUAAUACUGGAAAAGGUCGUCGUCAAUCACGUAUAUUCGACGGGAAUUCGAUAGGCGACGUAUUUAAAAAUAAAGUAUCCGCACCAGCUACUAAAGCAUUUGAACAAUUUACCUCAAAACCAAUAUCCGAUAAAAGUAGCAAUAUCAAAUCUCGUAGCGAUUCACUUGAAUCAUCAAAUAAAGCUGGACUUUUCUCUAAAAGAAACGAAUCAUUGGACAAUUUUUCGAGAAUAAUGAUGCCUUCUCGGUAUCGUGAUGAAUUGACCGAUACUCAUUCGAGAAAUUUAUCAAUUACAAGUUCUCGUAGUGAUCCUUCUUUUGACGUUUCCGAUCGAUCUUAUUCAAUUUCUAGUCAAUCAAAUGACUUUUCAGAUAUUCUUUCGAAAAACUCAACAAAACCUUCAUCAUCAUCAUCCAGUUCUGAAAGUGAAAAUAGAAAAAAUGGAAAAUUUUCACAAAAAAAAUACAAUCCUCCCAAUUUCAUAAAUCAUACUCCUCAACAUAGUUUACCUAAUAUUUCCGAAAAUCUUGGGGCUCAUUCAAAUGAAACAACUCCGAAUCAAACAAGUCCUACAGAAUCUAGUCCUCGAUCACGUUCUCCCUCUCCCUCCUCACCACGUUCCGCUUCUCCUAAUACACCGCCUUCAACGUCACCUACUGGUCCACCUCUGCUCCCACCGCUAUCUUUUGAUGGUAGUGAUGAAUUAUCAGAAUUAUUAGCAAAUAACAGUGAUUCUUCAAUGAGCUCCUCGGGUAGAGACAUACCAACUGUCAAGGUAGUAGAAUCGGACAACUUUGAUGUAGAAGAAUUGAAACAGGAAUUAUUAGAUACACAAAAGAAUCUUGCAAGCGUAGAGAGCAAAUUUCGAAAAAUAAAGAGGGCUAGUCAACUUGCUUUUGACGAGUAUAAUGAAGAGUAUAGUAAGGAAGUUGCAUUAAGAAAAGAAGCCGAAGAAAGCAUUAAUAAAUUACGUGCUCAACUCGUAUUACAAUCCCGACAACUUUCAAAUCUGACGAAAGAAAAGGACGAAAUGGAGAAAAUGAUCCGUGAUUCACAGCUUGUCAAAAAAGAGGUGGAUGAAAUGAAGACUAGUCUUAAGGGAUUAAAUGUGCAAAAAGAAUUAAUAAUCAAAGAAAUCGAAGAAUCUACCAAAGAUCUUCCCGUUUCACUUGCGAGACAUAUAUCAACUCAUCUUGAUCAGGUCAAACAAAAUUAUCUUUCUGAAAUCAUUGCCUUACAAUCGGAGCGUGAUUCCUUAAAACAAGAAACAGAGCAGCUUCGAAAUACUCGAGAUCAAUGUGUCGAAGAUGUUCAGAUUCUUAAUGCAAAGAAUUUGGAAUUGGCGGAAUUAAACAAUGAAUUAACAAAACAGAUUGAUACGCAUGCUAAAUCCAAGGGGAAUCAUAAUUUCAAUUUCUUCCGUGGGAACAGAGCUCCUGGAACCAGCGAAACUCAAGCAGUAACAUCAUCAUGGGUUACUCCAGGUCAUUCUCCUGGGGGUUCAAUCUAUAGCAUAGAAAAUCUAGAUAGUACCCCUCAAGUAUCAAUGACAAAACUCGUUCAACGCAAUAGUAUUAGUCGUGGGGAGACACCUAAAAAAUUCAAAUGGAAGAAGAAUAACCCUUUCAAUAAACUUCUUUCAGCCGGCAGUGCAACUGUUUCAUCCGAUACAUGGGAAAAUAAAUCCGAUACUCGAUCAGAAAUCAGAGCAGAAGGUCGAUUAGAGUCUUCUACAAGCAAAAAAAUGGAAAAAAUGGCUAAUUUGAUUGCAUUGAAUCAAGAACAAAAAAAAGUUUCAAAUGAUGCUUCUAGUCAUUCUGGUCAUCGUGCCCAUAAUUGGCAACAGACUUCUUUCUUGCGACCUGUCAAAUGUGAACAUUGUCAAGAAAAAAUGUGGGCUCUCACUGAAACUCGCUGCACUGCAUGCGGAAUUAGCAGUCACACAAAAUGUUCUGCCCUGAUUUUUGGCAGUUGCUCCGGAAUACAAGGUGCAUUCAUGGACAUGGACUCAGAAAGCAUUAUUAAUCCGAAUGCAAUUUUGAUUUUCGGAAAUGAUUUAUCGAAACAAUUGGAAUUGGAAAACGGAGAAAUUCCAUAUGUAGUUCAAAAAUGUGUAAAGGCAGUUGAAGCUAGAGGCAUGGAUUUUGAGGGUAUAUACCGUAAAUCGGGUGGUGCUUCUCAAAUGCGUGCUAUCGUCACAGCUUUUGAACAAAAAGAUGAGAUAAAUCUCGAUGACCCUGAUGAAUUCAAUGAUAUUGGUGCAGUGACGAGUGUAUUAAAGCAAUAUUUCCGUCAACUGCCUAAUCCUCUUUUCACUUUUGACUUGUAUCCAAAUUUUUUGGAGGCUCUAUCUAUUAAGGAUCAAGAGGAAAAACUCGAAAAGUUUCGCACACUAUUAUCACAGUUGCCAAAAGAAAAUUAUACUACUUUAAAGUUUUUGAUUCAUCAUUUACAAAGGGUAAGAGAGAAUGCAUCCGAAAAUCUCAUGACGGCUAAAAAUCUCGCUGUAGUCUUUGGGCCUACAUUAUUGCGAGGUCCGGAUGCCAACACCGAAAUUCUCGAUAUGAAUUAUAAAAAUGCGGCUAUCGAAUAUAUACUCUUAAAUACUGAACAGUUGUUCUCAAAAGAGAUCGAGCCAAGAUCAAAUGGAUUUAUAUAA